UUUAUUGAUUUUUUUAUACUAUAUUAAUUUUAACAUCAAGCUUGGCGAAAUUAAUACCGCUGGCGUUGUUUUUUUAUUAUUGUUAUGAAUUUUAUAGAUCACCGGUUGAUUCUUAUUACACACUCCCGUUUUUUAGAGGUGCAUGGAAAAAUAACAAAUCAUUGAAUUGUCUAAUCGUAUGGUGCUUUGUUAAGACAACCCUUUUUUAAUGAGAAAAUAUUAUACUCACUUUGAUAAAUUUAAAAACCAUUCUUCCGUACUUAAAACUAGUGGUCCGCACGGCUAGAAAAAGAUUGCCCUUCCCAAUACAUUCCUUCCUUAUUUCGAAUUAAUUUCACGUGUAUCAGUGUUUUAUCAAUUAGUCUCAACAACGUAAAAUCUAUUAAUUUUGAAGCAAUAAAAAUAUGACCACCCAAAAUUCUUCCUCAGAAGAUAAUGAAUUAGAAGACGACUGCUACGCAUUCGUAAUGGACGAACAUAUCUUGCGACGCGAGCUGCGUCAGGUAGAAGCUGCUUUCUUGCAGAACUGCCGGACACAAGCGCUGGGCAUAUAUGGAUCGAACUAUCAGCGAAGCAUUCGCAACAAAGAUGUAGAGUCAGACCAAGAGAAGCAAUCUCACAAGCAAAAGCUUUUGAGAUCUCCGUCUUCAUUUCGCUCGCCACCGCGGUCUCAGUCGCCCUUGUCGUCGGGGCCCAAAUCGCCCUCGCAAAUACGUUCGGCUUCGCCCGGAUUUGGUAGUUCGCCGGAGGACUCCAGCGACUUCAGCGAGGAAGACACGGACCGUUCAAACUCACCAAUAAUACGCGACGAGAAAAUGUCUAGCGACGAAAACGAGCAAGAAACUCACGAUUCUGAGAAACCUGUAUUUCGAUCGCUCUAAACUGACCUCCGAGAAUGCUGCACGACACAAUGACGAACACGCUAACGCACGAAGAUUAACUUGAUCGGCUCUUGUUUACGGUUUCUAUAUGUUUAGAGGAGUCUUCGAUUAUAUCCAACGAAGAUCCUCCCGUACUCGUAGUAUAAUAAUAUGUGUGGCGAGGAACCAGUCCUUAAUAUCUAAUAAAUUCAAUAUUAAGUGUUACAUAUUAUAAUUCAUAAUGACAAGUGGCAUGUCAUGGCGCGUCAUCCGAAGGGAGAAUAAAACGGUGUAAUCAGUAUUCGAUAAAACUUUUGGAUUGUCAAGAUCUGGGAGAUGGAAACCGAGCGUUUGGUGCGAAGUGGUGGUGGACGGCUCUACUGAGAUCCUGGGUUCACUGAAUGCAGCGGAUUAAUGUGGAAGAGUGAUGAUGUUGAACGUUGCCUAGUGACAUGUUUUGACGCGUCGUUAUGGGGACAAGAGAACUAAACUUUAGGUUAAGUGUUUAUAGUGCCAUGUGACACUGAUACAGUAGUGAAAAUUUAAAAUAGUGAUUAAGGUUUAUUAAUCACGUAUAAUAUUAUAUUCUUAUCUUCUACAUUAAAAAUAUAUGAACUAUAUACACAUUUCUUAAUGGAAGGGGGUUUUGAGUGAGAAGUGUGUUUCUUCAGUAAUGUCUCAACCCCAGUAGGCUUAAGUGGACUUGUAACAACACUAAUUAGAAGUGUUUCUUAUAUAAAAAUCAAUGUUGUUAAUUUUACAUAAAAUAUUUUAAGCCUGUUUUGGAGUCAUGCUUACGGAAAUUAUAUUUUAAUUAAGUUCAUUUGGCGAAAUCAGAUCUGUUACCGGUUGAAAACCUUUAUAAGGCAUUGACAGUGUAGUUGCAUUUCGAACCUUAUCCUGUUAAAUUGAGGUCGAAAAACAAUGAACAUGUUAAAACUUGCUACGUCUUAUAAAGAGUUAAAGUUGAAAUUGAUAUUAUAUUAUUGCUCUUAUCAGAAUCGCGUCUCCGCUCCUGAAUUCUUUGCGAGUGAGGAUGACAGAUUGAAAAAAGCUAUCAAAAUUGCAACCUUUCAUUAGCGACAGGUAACUCCGGUCUAAACUUUGGCAUAUUCUCCAAAACCUAGCCACGCGCAGCUGUCAUCGUCAACCGCAAGGGUGCAAAUCUAUUCGUUCGUAAGAAUAUUUGUAAUGCCAUUGUAACUUUACAACAGUAACAUAAUAAUGUGCACUUGAUGAACUAUUUUCGUUAAAAUCGUUAACCCAGAAGCAAGAAUGAACAAUCGCAACACACGAGUCGGUCGUACAACUCGGCAGAUGGACGCGCUCAUGUAAGAAUCGCCAAUCACCUCUCUCGGCACUCGCGGGCGGUCCGUGUGAAGAUGGCUCUUCUGAACAUCAAGACCUGACUAUGGUCACCAGGUGGUAGUACUGUAUAAUUCCUCAGUGCCAGUACGUCUGGGUGGGUACCACCGCUCUGCCUCAUACAGUCAGCGUCAAAUAGUUCGUGGCACCCCGAACAAGCCAAAAAGUUCGCAAAACGGCUUUGUUAACAACGUAUUAAAGUUGUGUUUUGAUGUUACGAACUAUUUGAUGCUCACUGUACCAGUUUCGGUUGCACGCUCUUGUGGACAGGCACCGACCGGCAGGGUAGCCAGGCACGACAGCUAACAUCUGAAUCUGUCUCAGUUGGUCAACAUCUGGAUUGUAACCACUACGAAGUGGUCAUGAAACUAGUAAUAGUUUCAUUUUUUAAUUUUGUUCUUGUAGUUCAGACUUGAUGUCUAAGUAGUUUCAAAAGGGUGAGAGAGAGGUACAGUGCAGCGGUUCAUGAAGUCAGCGUUAUUAUUUUUUCCAUUAAACUUCUCUAUACAGUCUGUUAAUUCUAUAAACUAUUUCCACUAUACCUUUGGCGCAAGUGGUUUCUCCAAAACACAAUGGCAUUGCACGUGUUUUAACGCGAGUAGGCUAUAGUAUAGUUAGUUGCAUAUAAUAUAUCCUUUUGUAAACAGUCUUACAAUGAAAGUUUAUCAUAUUUGAAAUACUUACCAGAGUGAUUUGUAUUUGUAUUUUUCGACUGCUAUUUAAAACAAAGACAGACUUUUGUGAUAACUGAUUUACAACUGUUUUAGCAAAGAAUUUAUGUUUAUUUUGCAUUUUAAAAUUGUAUCAAUCAUAAUGUUUCUUAUAUUGCAUUUAUUGGUAGUAUUAAGCGACAGAGUCAUAUGGACUCCUAGGUAAGAAAUGAUUAAGCCUAUAAUAGGCCAUAUAUUUAGAUUAGUCAUCCCACUGCAGGCUCUAGCCUUGCCAAAAUUGGGGAGUCCGAUAUUUCAAUGCCAGAAGUAGUUUGUGAGCCUGGGCAGCUUAGUUGUAAGAAUUAUGUGACAGGACUUGGACUGAUACCAUGCAAUGUAAUGCAAAGAAAUGUAGUUUGUAUAAUAUACCUGGAAGUGGUGCCAAGAACGAAGUGGGACGUUGUGGAACAGUUUUUUCAAGUGUAGUGUCUAUUUAACGGAUAAACGAUUCUACAGCCGAUUCGAUGGACAUAUUAGUAGUUUUGUAGUUUUAGAAAAAUGUAGUUUUAAGGUUCGCAUCGCAAAGAUGUUUGAAAGCGCGCAUCAGCAAUAAGCAGUGGCAACUAUGCGGGGUAUGAAGUAUUCGCCCGCGGUAUGAAGCUUGCAUCGGAGCGGGGGUAGGGGUCGCGGGCUGUCCCCGCCGACGCGCCGCGGCAAGUUGGUUCCGAGGCAACGCAGUGACAGGAUAGGCCGUUCGUCUACCCCGUUGGAAAUGACAACCUUUUCGAUCAAUCAAUUAGUUAAACGCCCGUUGAACACUUGUUUGAAUUAUUACAUUUUGAACCAAUGUUCAACGUGUGUUUAAACGUUUGGUAAUAAGACCUCCAAUAUUUUAAUGCUGAUACUGUCUAAGGGUGUGCGUGUAAUUGGGUGGCUUCUCGGCGCGGUCGCCUGUUGCUGAAACUAGCACCGUGCAUUGUAGCGCUGCUAGUACAAUUUCGAUAGAGCGGGUGUAUUGACGAUUGAUGAUAUACUACCUACCCGCAUUACGCAGCGCUGCUCUGAAUUUACAUGUAACAACCAAACGGCGCGCGAGCGACCGUAUCAGGAACCCGCUGAAUGCGGCGGGCGCCCUUUAAGUACCUACUUAAACUCAAUCAAUGGUUGUAUUUUUCAAAAUUCUUGUUGUAAUUCUCUUUACCAUCCUGUCGCUGUUAAUAACGGAACCAACGGACUACACGGUCGCGGUGUGAGAGCGGUCGCGACACUGCAGCGGCCCCGCCGAACCAACUCGCUCGUGGAGUGGCCGACAAAAUAAUGUGGCAUUGUUUUAUUAAGGUUAUAUACGUCUCAAUACGUAUUUUGUUAGUCCUAAGGAUCUCUAUUAUGCUCAGUAGUCAUUUCCUUGUAUUGUAAUAGCAAAACCACAUACUUGAAACCAAAAUUGAGAACUAUCAACGUAACAAAUUAUAAUAGUGUUUAUAUUCCGAUAUUAUGCAUGCAUUUAAUCACAUUAUUUGAUAGUUUUAAGGAUUAAAAGAUCCUAAUAAUCCAGUAUAUUAACCUAUUUGUAGUCUUAUACUACUUAUUUAUUCAAAUUAUUGUAUUAAUAGUUAAGGAUAUAUUAUAAUGAGAAAGCUGCCCAGCAGCGCGGCAUAUUGUUGUCUUUGCAGCUGCCCAGGGCUCUGGUAUAAUUAUAUUGUAGGAUUUAGCAGCUGUUUGCAGCUGAGCUGCUUAUCACUAUUCAC